CGAAAAUUAUCUCUUUGAAGAAUACAUCGUUGACUCCGAAGUACUGACACUCAGCAAAUGGGAAGAACUUAAUUUUGCCAUCGAUUACCUUACACCAUCUACACGAAAAGUUCUAGAACAUCCAGUGUUGCAAAAAUGGCUUAAGCAUGGUGUGACCUUCGAUUUACUUAUUGUUGAGGUUCUGCAGCAGGAAGCGCUCUAUGCACUGGCAUACCAUUUCAAGGCUUUGCUUAUUGGCGUUUCCAGCUUCGGCACCGAUAUGCGUAUCGACGAAUUGGUUGGCAACACCUCACCACUCUCCUAUAUACCCUCAACAACUAGCCAUUUAACAGAUCAUAUGAAUUUUCGCGAGCGUUUAGAAAAUUUCUACAUUCAUGUUCUGGAGUGGAUACAUAAUCGUUUCGUAAUGUUGCCUGCGCAAUAUGAGCUGUACAAAAAAUACGUACCCACCCCAACGGCGCCAUUUAUGGAAAUGCGUAAGAACUUCUCACUUGUGUUGCUGAAUCAACAUUUCUCAAUGAGCCUACCACGUCCUUAUGUGCCGAAUGCUAUCGAAGUUGGCGGCUGGCACAUAGAUCACAAGCCAAGUAAAUUACCAGCCGAUAUGGCAGAAUUUAUAAAUGCCGCCCCAAAGGGGGUAAUCUACUUCUCGUUAGGCACAAAUAUACGCAGUAGAAAUUUGUCUGCAAAAAGGCGCGCUAUACUAAUGGAAGUUUUCGCCUCGUUAAAGCAAUACAACAUACUUUGGAAAUUCGAAGAUCCAGAAUUACCUGGAAAACCCACGAAUGUAUUUAUCAGUAAAUGGUUUCCACAAUCUGAUGUAUUAGCGCACCCUAAGGUAAAGCUCUUUAUAACACAUGGUGGACUGCUGAGCACAAUUGAGGCUAUACAUCAUGCCAAGCCGGUGGUGGGUAUGCCUGUUUUCUAUGACCAACAUCUGAAUGUUGCGCGUGCGCAGCAGAAAGGUUUUGGUGUGAGCAUCCAUUUCAGGAGCUUCACUGCUAACCAACUCAAAAGCGCUAUAGUGGAGGUGCUGGAAAAUCCAAAAUAUUCAAAACGCGCGCAAGAAAUCUCACAGCUCUAUCACGAUCAACCAGAGACACCAGUGAAGAAGGCAAUUUAUUGGACAGAGUAUGUAUUGCGGCAUAAGGGCGCACCGCAUAUGCGUGUAGCAGCGCGAAAUUUGAAUUUUAUUGAAUAUCAUAAUUUGGAUGUCAUUGCUGUGCUGUUUGGCGGGCCACUUUUGGCCUUACUGGUUGUUGCGUGGGUGAGCUGCAAGCUAUUGAAGGCGAUUGUGGGAAGAGGUGAUGUACGAAAUAAGAAAGAAAAGCAAAGCUAAUUAGAUAUCUAAGUAUAGAGUUUAAAAUGAAUUUCCACAGAAAUAUAU